CUCAAUCAACCUUAAGCAGCGCAGGCGCAGCCAACUGUCCCAACAUACAAACAAAAAACUCUCCUCUCUUCUUCUUUAUUGUCUGGCUCUGCAACAAUAAAAACCAAAACCAAAACCAAAUUCUCAAUAGCAACGCAUCGGUCUUCUCUUUCUUUCUCUGUCUCUCUGUCAAUCUCUGGACAACUUCUCUACAACUUCUCUCUGUAUAACCAAAACAGAAGAACCAGAGCUUGAGCUUCUGAAAAUGGCGGCUAUUAACCAUAUUUCUGCUAGAACGUGUGCAAAGGAUCAUAAUCUCUUUUUAUCAUCGUCGAAAAAUUUUAGUGAUGUUUCGCUUUUUGAAUCGACAGUUUAUAGAAGGAGAUGUUUCUAUCAGAAGCGAGACUUUGCUGUUAGAUCGAUGUCGGUUACUGAGCAGAAUCCUCAGCAUGGGAAACUCACAUCUGCUAAUGGAGUUUUAACUGCUGAUGACAAUCUGAAUUUUUCUGUUCUGACUAGUAGCCAGAUAUUGGGAAGGGAAAAAAUAACUUCAAAUUCUCUAAGAAAAACAAAAAUAGUUUGUACAAUUGGUCCUUCCACAAAUUCACGUGAAAUGAUAUGGAAAUUAGCAGAAGCUGGAAUGAAUGUGGCUCGUCUAAAUAUGUCGCAUGGAGACCAUGCAUCACACCAGAAGACCAUUGAUCUAGUUAAAGAAUUCAAUGCUCAAUCUGAUGACAAGGUUAUUUCUAUAAUGCUGGAUACCAAGGGUCCUGAGGUUAGAAGUGGGGAUGUACCUCAACCGAUUACACUAAAAGAGGGACAAGAAUUUAAUUUCACAAUCAAAAGAGGUGUCAACACAAAAGACACGGUCAGUGUCAAUUAUGAUGACUUUGUGAAUGAUGUUGAGGUUGGAGACAUACUAUUAGUGGAUGGUGGAAUGAUGUCAUUAGCUGUGAAGUCAAAGACAAAGGAUACAGUUAAAUGUGUUGUGGUUGAUGGUGGAGAACUAAAAUCCAGGCGUCAUUUAAAUGUGCGUGGAAAGAGUGCAAAUCUGCCUUCAAUUACAGACAAAGACUGGGAAGAUAUCAAAUUUGGGGUCGACAACCAAGUUGAUUUCUAUGCAGUCUCCUUUGUGAAGGAUGCAAAAGUGGUCCAUGAGUUGAAAGAUUAUCUCAAAAGCUGCAAUGCCGACAUUCAUGUGACUGUAAAAAUUGAAAGUGCGGACUCCAUACCGAAUCUUUAUUCAAUAAUAUCUGCAUCUGAUGGGGCAAUGGUUGCUCGUGGAGAUCUUGGUGCUGAACUUCCAAUUGAGGAAGUCCCUUUGUUGCAGGAAGAGAUCAUUAAAAAGUGUCACAGUAUGAAGAAACCAGUUAUUGUAGCUACAAACAUGCUUGAGAGCAUGAUUAAUCAUCCUACACCAACAAGGGCUGAAGUUUCAGACAUAGCAAUUGCAGUACGUGAAGGUGCUGAUGCAAUCAUGCUUUCGGGAGAAACUGCCCAUGGAAAGUAUCCACUGAAAGCUGUUAAAGUCAUGCACUCAGUGGCGUUGAGGACAGAGUCCAGCUUGCCAGUUAACACAACGCCUCCUGCUAGUGCUUAUAAGGGUCAUAUGGGUGAAAUGUUUGCUUUCCAUUCCACAAUCAUGGCCAACACUCUUAAUACACCCAUCAUCGUCUUCACAAGAACUGGAUCCAUGGCUAUACUUCUAAGUCAUUAUCAACCGGCAUCAACUAUAUUUGCAUUCACAAAUGAAGAGAGGAUUAAGCAGAGACUGUCGCUUUAUCGGGGUGUCAUGCCAAUAUAUAUGCAGUUCUCAAGUGAUGCAGAGGAGACCUUUUCCCAAGCACUUGCAUUAUUAGUGAACAAGGGUCUGUUGAUAGAAGGGCAGUAUGUUACUCUCGUCCAGAGUGGAGCACAACCAAUCUGGCGUCGAGAAUCUACUCAUCACAUUCAAGUACGCAGGGUCCAAAGCUGAUAUUGUACCAGCAAAGUUUUUCACUAGACACAGGUUAUUCUGGAGUAGUUUAUAUUUGUACGAACUGUCAUUUUAUUUUUGUCUAAUAACUAGCAAUUUUGUGAUUUGUUAAUCCUUGUAUGAAUUUGAAAAAAUUGUGAUAAAGUUUGAAAACCAUGUAAGAAAUUAUUUGUUUAGAAAAUAUUUUUAUGGGAAUUAUUCUACGGGUAACAAGUCAAAUACUUGAAGACACAUCAUUAAAAUUUGCAAUGAUUUCUUGUUCAUUAAGUGAGAUUGUAGGUUUUUCUCUUUUUCA